UCUCAUCCACCACCUGUGCUUAACAGGCAUCUUGAGUCCUGUGUUUGUGGUGAUUGGAAGACCAUGGAUCGCACUGGGAUGGUAGAACCUGAGGAUGAAUUGGGGUCAUUAGGCCACCUUGCUCCAAGUCCUCAAAGUGAAGCAGUUGCUCAUGAAUUCCAGGAACUUUCCUUACAGUCUAGUCAGCAUUUGCCUCCUCUGAAUGAACGCAAGAAUGGAAGUAUAGUCUUAUGGGAGUCAGGAUUCCGGUCUCCUCUGCUGACUCAAUCUGUGAGUGUGGCGCCUCUAACCAUGAUCGAUAGCUCCAAGAAGCAGCAACAGGGCUUUCCAGAGAUUUUAACUGCUGGGGAUUUCGAGCCAUUGAAAGAAAAGGAAUGCCUUGAGGUGAACAACCAGAAAAGUCUUAAGGAAGUAUUACAGCUGAGGCUACAACAACGAAGGACAAGAGAACAGCUAGUGGACCAGGGCAUCAUGCCACCGUUAAAGAGUCCUGCGGCAUUCCAUGAGCAGAUAAAGAGCUUAGAACGAGCCAGAACCGAAAAUUUUCUGAAGCACAAGAUACGUAGUCGACCAGAUCGUUCUGAACUUGUCAGAAUGCACAUUUUGGAAGAAACAUUUGCAGAGCCAUCCCUGCAGGCUACACAGAUGAAACUGAAGAGAGCUCGGCUGGCAGAUGAUCUGAAUGAGAAGAUUGCUCAAAGACCUGGUCCAAUGGAACUAGUAGAAAAGAACAUCCUUCCUGUAGAUUCCUGUGUUAAGGAAGCAAUCAUAGGGGUUGGACAAGAAGACUAUCCCCACACUCAGGGCGAUUUCUCAUUUGAUGAAGACAGCAGCGAUGCUUUGUCUCCGGACCAGCCAGCCAGCCAGGAGUCUCAGGGUUCAGCAGCAUCCCCAAGCGAGCCAAAAAUCAGUGAAUCACCAUCUCCUGCGACCACAAACACUCCAACUCAGUAUACUUCACUAUCCACAGCACUUCCUGAAUUCUUGAAAACUCCUCUUGCUGCUGAUCAUCCUACAUCACGCCCUACAGCUCCUGUCCUCUCUACGAGCACUGUGUCUUCAGCAAAGCCUGGGCCAGCACUGGUAAAGCAAAGUCAUCCUAAGAAUCCAAAUGACAAACACCGAAGCAAGAAAUGUAAAGAUCCCAAACCACGGGUUAAGAAGUUGAAGUACCAUCAGUAUAUCCCACCAGAUCAGAAAGGUGAGAAGAACGAGCCACAGAUGGACUCCAACUAUGCCCGUUUGCUACAGCAACAGCAGCUUUUCCUGCAGCUACAGAUCCUGAGCCAACAGCAACAACACUACAACUACCAGACUAUUCUACCUGCACCACUCAAGCCAUUAAAUGACAAACAUAACAGUGGAAAUUCAACUUUGAGCAAUAAUGUACCUACAGCAGUAGCCAACACAAGACAGAAUGCUUCUAUUCCUAUUAGAAAACCGGGACCACUGCCUUCUAGCCUGGAUGAUUUGAAGGUAGCUGAACUGAAGAUGGAAUUGAAGUUAAGGGGUUUACCAGUGUCAGGCACCAAGACAGACCUAAUUGAACGUCUGAAACCUUACCAAGAGCUUAAUAGUGGUAUUUCCACUAGCAACGCUGUUGCUGUAUCCACUUCUACUGUAGUUACUAGCAAUCCAGAAGUUACUAUGGCAUUCCCAGUUACAUUAAAUAAUUCUGUGGCUAGCACCAUUCCCAGCUUUAAGUCAGAAACAUCAUCUACUGGAACAAGCAGUGUGACACACACUGAAACCAUCAGCUCCCCUCUGCCGAUCUCCCCAUCUCCUUCAGAACACUCCAGUCUUAGUACUGAUGAUACUAAUAUGACAGAUACUUUCACAGAAAUUAUGACUAUGAUGUCCCCCUCCCAGUUUUUAAGUUCAUCUCCUUUGAGGGUGACAAAUAAUGAAGAGAGUCUAAGUCCUACCUGUGGAGGCCUGUCAAACAUGGAAUUGGAUGUUGCUGAAAAGGACCGCAAGCUUCAGGAGAAAGAAAAACAGAUUGAGGAGCUAAAAAGGAAACUGGAACAAGAACAAAAACUUGUGGAAGUACUAAAAAUGCAACUUGAAGUUGAAAAACGGGGACAGCAGCCACCACCAGCACCCCAGCCCACUGCUAAUUCUGUAAAUAAUGUCGAUCAAAAGCAUGUCAUACCUGCUGUCAAAGAUGAGAAUUCUCUCCCUGACUGUUCUAGCUCAAGGCAAUCAGUACCAGGAGUCAGCCAUUCUUUAGGCCAGUCAGGAUCUACUGCUGGCCAGAACCUAGUUGCCAAAAAGGCCGUAGUUAUCAAGCAAGAGGUACCUGUGGCCAAAGCUGACCAGCAAAGCAUCAUCCCUCAGUAUUAUGUGAGUUCUCAGAGACAUCCACAAACCACAGUUGUUGCUCAGCCUCAAGCUUUACUAACCACCCAAACUGCACAGCUGCUACUCCCAGUGUCUAUCGAGGGUUCGAAUGUAACUUCGGUUCAACUGCCAGUAGGCAGUAUAAAACUACAGGCUCCACCACAAGUAGGAAUUACAACUCAGCCCCAAGUAUCAGCUCCUGUAUCACCCUCUGGCUUGGGCCAAACAUCCCAUCCAAAACAAGACAAUUUUACACAACAUGUACUCAACCAGUCUCAACAAAUAAGAAAGGUUUUUCCAUCUAGCUCACCAUCAAAUACAGUAUUUUCCUAUCAGAGACCACCUGUUACAACAGUCCAGCAGCCAUUCAUUAAUAACACUACAUCCAGUAGUGUUCUUCAGUCCAGGAAUACUCAGGUUCCUUCAGUGCAAAAUGGACCUAGCACUACCAGCAAGCCUGGUUCUCCAUCUCAACCUCAGCAGUUUAUCAUACAACAGUCUCUAUUUGGCAACACAGUCACCAAGACAAAAGAUCCUCCCCGGUAUGAGGAAGCCAUAAAGCAGACUCGGAACAUACAGUCAUCUUCACAGUCAGAGAUUUCCAAUGCACAUAGUCAACAGAUGGAUGACCUCUUUGAUAUCCUCAUUAAAAGUGGAGAGAUUUCUCUCCCUAUAAAAGAAGAGCCUUCUCCUAUUUCCAAAAUGAGACCAGUGACAGCCAAUAUCACCACAAUGCCAGUAAAUACAGUGGUAUCACGACCACCACCCCAAGUCCAAAUGGCACCACCAGUAUCCUUGGAACCGAUUAACAGUUUGUCUAUCAGUUUAGAAAACCAACUAGAAGCUUUCUUAGAUGGAACUUUACCUUCAACAAGUGAAAUUCCUCAACUAACAAGUAACAACGAAGACAGAGAAUCAUUCUCUCUGAUUGAGGAUCUCCAAAAUGAUCUACUGAGUCACUCUGGCAUGCUGGAUCAUUCACAUUCUCCUAUGGAAACUUCAGAAGCACAAUUUGCUGCAAAUAAUUCCUGUUUGUCUCUUGACCUUCCUGAUUCAAACUUAGACAAUAUGGAAUGGUUAGACAUUACUAUGCCUAACUCCUCAUCAGGGCUUACUCCUCUCAGCUCUGCUGCUCCAAGUAUGUUUUCCACUGACUUUUUAGAUCCACAAGACCUACAGUUACACUGGGACUAAAAUUAGGUUUUUUGGUCUCAGAACUGAAAGCUAUAAUAAGAGCAUGUAAAUAACUCUCUUGGAGGUGAGUUUAAGGGAUAGGUCCAUGGCUGCAGCUUUGCAAUUAAAAUGUUAUCACAGAAUGAAUGAAUACAAGGUGAUAGCCCUGAAACGAAUUCUACAAACAAACACUUCAUUGCAUUUAGCAAUGAAUUUCUCUUUUUCUAUGAUUUAAUAUAGCACAGGGCCAUCUGAGAAGUAUACCUGUCAAGAAAAAAUAGUUGCUACAAGGACCUCAGUGAUGAAAACUACCACUAGACAAAACAUGGAAGAGAAGAGUACCUAUAGUAAAUAGCACCAAGAGUCCUUUGUAGAUAUUAAUCAACUACAUUUAAACUUCUGUGGUUACUUUAAGACUCUGAAUAAAAGGCAAACAGCUCAUUUUGAUUUUAACUUUCAGUUUAAAGCAGAAACAAAGAGCUAGUUUGAGGGGAAGUUAAGAAAUCACUGCACUUGAUUGUUCCUGUAAAGAGCCUGAGCCAAGAUCAAGAUUCAUUAGGGAGGUAAAAAGUAAAAAAGAGACCUGGCCAGUUCAGGGACAAUGCCCUUAUGGGUGAUGUCUUCUGGUUCAGAAGCCUUUUGAAUUUUUUUUUUUGUUACUGUGGUUUGCUUUGUGACUUUUUGAAAUCCUACUUUGGACUUCCAAAUUUAAAUUUAUGGGAAAACUUAUUCACUAUAAACGGAGGGUUUCUUUCCAAAGUGCUAUCAUGAGCAAGCCACUAAAAAGUCCUGGCAUAUUGAUAACACUGAAACUUAGCAACAUUCUGGCUUGAUUAGAUUGAUUUGUAAUAUGUAUAUCAGACAGUUAUUUUGUACACUCUUUGACACUGAAUUUGUAUAGAGUCGUUUGGGGUGGGAGUAUAGGUAUUCUGGGGUUCUAUUUGUUUAAUAACUCUAGAGUACCUAGAGGACUUACUUGUUCUACAUUUAUUUCCUUGCGAACUAUAUUUCUGAUAACCAAAUCCAUCUCAAAGAAUGAAAAAGAAAACUUUAGCAUUAAAUCUUUUUUUGACCUGGUCAGGUGAAAAUAGAAAACAAAGGGAGAGUAAGUAAAGUAUCUGGCAACAUUCCUAUAAUGAUUACAAAGGCAUUUUUAAGGGCCACUUUGAACAGAGACUUCUUUCCGCUCUGAUUUUUGUUCAUUGCAACGAAUAUCCAGUUUGAAGCUUCAAGUGCUUAGUAACUACAUACUAUACAAGAGCUCUAACUCUUCAAGUAAUGUUAAAGGAACGGAGUACCUAAAAGUAAAAAACUGGAGGUUUCUGUUAGCACUUUUUUUGGUCAAGGAAAAAAUGGCAGUCCUUAUUUGAUUAUUGUGAAGAGUUUCUUAAGAAUUUCCUAAAAUUCUUCACUGCAAAAUUUCCUAAUUGUAAAUAGUGAUAUAAAUUUAUAACAAAAUAAAAUAGAUGGGCUGAAACCUACAAUAAGUAUUUGCAGUUUGUAUUAGAAAAAUGGUAUGUAUUUAUCUGUCUCACAUCUGUAUGAGCCCUACAUCCAGAUUUGAUGCUGCCUUUGUAGUCUAUUCAAUGACAUUCCCAUAAAAAUUUCCAGGGAAUUAACCAGGCUCUUUGCUUGGAAGGGAUUUAGGAAUUUUUUCUCUAGAUGUGCUCUUAACUAAAAGUUCUCAUUUCCGAAUUUUCUUUAGUUUUAUACAUUUUACAAAGUAUGGUAAAAUUGUGUUUAUCCAUCAUUCAGUCAGCCAGAACACUGGAACUCUAUCAAUUGGCACUUCCUAACUUUGAAGCAACACCAAAUCCUGAAGUGCCUUCUGGAACUGUCAGAGAUUUAAAUUAUGUUUAGUGUAGUUUUAGUGUUGUGUAUUUUAUUUUACUUGAAGAAUUAAAAAAUUGGUAAUCCUUGCAUGUGUAGUACCUUAUUCUUUAUCUGAUGAACCAGAAUACCCCAUUCCCUGACCAAGGGAGAUAACAGAGACUCCCCGAUAUUUGAUGAUCAUACCUUUCUGGUAGAAAUCUUUCUGCUUGGAAAGAAUGAGAAAAGGGCUUCAGUGGCAGAAGUAUUUAACUUUGGAAAGUGUUAUGUGUUUAUCAUCUGGUCUUUUGUGAGGAUUUUUUGGUUUUUAAAUUGCCCACAUUACACACUAGAAUAUAGUAUUCAGUUUUGAAUAAUUCCUUAAAAUAAGAUCAACUGCCAUAGAGUUGUAGGGAUUUAUCAACUUUAUAACUAAUGGUAGCUUUUUUAAUAUCUUUGUAUUUUCAUAAUCCCUAUUUAUAAACACAUUUUUGUGAGGAGCUCUGAGGAAGAUGUUCAUAACAUGUAUUGUUUUCCAACCAUAAAUGAGUUAGAGUACAUUUAUUACAUAAGGUCAUUCACAAAAACUAGAUGAUGUUGUGAAUGAAAGUACUCUCAAUAGUUUAUCAUUUUCUAGCUAAGAAACCAUAACUUGUUUGGAUAAAUAUGUCCUACUGCAGUCUGCUGAAGUGCUUCAGCCCUUGUAUGUCAGCAGUCAUUCACUGUGCACGCACAUGUACCAUUCCAUGAGGCCAUCUUUGGCUUUGGGUAGCAAGACGUAAUCAUGAAAUUAUUAUUAUUGUGCUACAGGAUACUAAACUCAUGUUUAGGAUCAUUGUACUUUAAAAUGUGCAGUAUGUAAUCAUAGACCAAAGAUGAUAAUGUAAGAAAAUAACCCUAACCCUGUUUCAGUGUUUAUUAUGUGAAUGUACAAAGGAGGGAUUCAAGAAAGGAGUGUCAGUGUCCUAAAGAAAAAUUUCUGUUUAAGGUCAGUUUCAAUUAGCCAUAGUAAAAGCACCAUGUGAAAUUAAACUGUUGAAUUUUCAAUUAGCAUGUAUAUAGUUUAUAAGUGGUAUUAUAUAUCAUUGAAAAUAUUUUACAUUGCCAAUAUUAAUUCGUAAGUAUCUAUAUUAUCUCUUGUCCCUGUCCCAACUCCUUCAUACUUUAAAAACAUUUAGUAUCAACCUUUGCUUUCUACUUUAUAUGGAUCAGGUCAUUUAGGGAUAGACUUGGGGGUAAACAAAUAAUAAUCUUAGCAAAGAUUUUAUCAGAUUACCUGUAAUGUGGGUAUAUACAAUUAUCUUGUGCAUUUCAGAACAGCAUCUAUUAGAAAACCUUAUAGAAUGGCUUAAUGGUUUGCUUUAGAGUGUUUUCCUGAAAUGUGCAAACUACUGUAUAGAAUUUGCCAUAUGUGUGUAUACAUAUAUAUGUAUUCUCAAUUUGUAGAAACAAUUCUUGCUUGAAUAUUAUUUGUGUGUUUUAUAUGAAUAUUUUUGUAAUACUGAAGAGAUCUUAAAUCUUUGAAAUUUCUAAAAAAAAAAAUUCCAACUGGUAACAUUAUUUUGCAGUACAGUUUGAGUUGCAAAAGAUACACAAGUAUCAAGUUGAACUUGCUGCCUUUUGAAGACAAGGAAAAAUAAAAUGUUUCUGCUCAAUCAUGUAAUUUAGUGGACAUAAAUAUAUUAAGGAAUACCCUAUUUUAUCAGAGUAAAAACCACUAAAAUCAUAUCUCUAUUUUUGUCACCAAAGCUUAACUCAGGACAUGUUCAUAUACAGCCGCUGACCAUUCCAAUCAUUGUGGCUGACUUCACAGUCAAUAAAAAUUGCCAAGGGUGACUAUCAUAUAUGGCCAUCUUCAGCAAAUGAAUAAAAUGAAUGGAUUGUCUUUGUUUGAAUCUAUUCAUUUUGUGCAAAUAAAUUUGGCCUCAGGCAAAAGAGUUGUUAGCAUUUGGGAGAUUUUUAAGCUAUCUUAGAGGGACCUGAAUUUUAGAAAUAUGUAUUCUCAUGCCAUCUCUAUGGAAAAUAAUGUCAGGAACAUAUGUAGAUAGGGAUAUAACAGCAACACGAAAUAAUUUAUUUCCUUUUUUAAAAAGCAGGUUUGAAGGGAAAGAUUCCUGCUCAGUGUUCAAUAGCCAUUGUCAGCAAAGCAAUACAAGUCUAAGGAAAUAAGUAAUAUGUUAACAUUUACUUAGGAAUUUGACUACCAAUAUAAAAGUUAUUAAAUAUUAAUUGAAUGACAUUACUCACAAGAUCAUACUGUCCUACCCUAUUAGAGAUCACAAAAACAGCCCCCCUCCCUCCAAUCAGAAUACUUUAACUGGAAGGGCAUUAUAUAAUAUAUACAUACAUGCAUAUACGUAUAAUAUAUGUGUGUAUUGAUAUGUAUAUAUAUUACAUAUAUGUUAGGUGCAGACAAGCAUAACAUUGCAUGAACAUUUAUUUGGAUUGCACCCAUAAUACAGACAACUAAACUUUUAAGUGAUUUAAAUUAAAACUGGAAAAUUAACAGGAUUUUUUUUGUUCUGGGUUUAUUUUGGCUUUGUUUUUAAUUGUUAAAACCUUACAUGUUGAAAUGCUCUUUAAAUAUUGUUCAUUUUAAAAUAUUUCCAGUACAUAUUAAAAAUAACAAAUUCUGCAUGUUGUUAUGGCAGGUCUAUAUAUUUUCCAGGCACUUCUUCCUGCGUUGUCUUAGAAAACAUAUCUUUAAAAAAGUGUUUCCAUUCAGAAUCUUAGAUUUGAGAGCUCUAAUUCAAAAGCUGUACAUGUUUACAAAAAUGCUUUGUUUUUCACUGCUGUUAGAAAAUAGCAUGUCAAACAUUACUAAUAAAUGUCAUAAUCAUACGACAACACAUAAUAGAAAACUCUUCCACAGUGUGCUAUCUGUGGUCAAAUAAAGCAAAACUUAGUAAGUUUAUAUGCACAGCUGUAGAGGUCUGAAUGACUUCAUGCCAACUGCUUUGAAGAUAAGGCUUUAACAAAAUAAAUACAAUCACCUACAAUCAUACCAAGUACCUCUAAACAUCAUAUAAGAAAACUUACUCAUUUUUUGUGAGAUGGGUGAGGGAGUGUUUAAGUAUCAUUCGAAAGUACUCAUCCUCCAGUAAAAAGACAGUAAUACAAACUUGCUUUAAAGGAACCAAAGGCAUUGCCAAGAAUUAUGCCAAAAGAAGGCACUUUGUAUUUGAAGCUAUCUCAAAGUAAAUCCCAAAAAGGUGUUAACUAUUUGAAGUCAUACUUUUCAUAGAGAUGUAGAUAUUCUACAAUUGUUUCCAUGUAUAAUAGCGUAGAUGUGUUUUGUUGGUUUAAAAAAAUAUAUUUCAUAGUAGUAACAACUUUUCCAGGUGGAAGUGAAUUUUCUUCAAUUUUUGCUUGCAGUAGAAAUGUGGAGUGUAAUAGGUGUUAUUCUUCUUAUUUUCAUAGUCACGUUGUCUUAGCAUCUCACUUUAUGAAAAAAGAAGAAAGAUACCACAGUCUCUAGGACCCUGUUCUUUAAGCACUAGUUUAUUAAAACAAAAAAAAAAUAUGGCAAAGGGGAGGGGAGGUUCCAUUCAUGUAUUGCCUUUCUGUUUAAAAAAAAAAAACCAUGAUGCCUUUGUAUUUGCUGUUUGCACCCCUGAAAUUAAUUCCAUAUCAUGUUUGAAUGCCAUACAUUUUGCACAUUGUACUGUAUAUAUGUAAUGCAUACUGUAUUUUUAUAUGUGUAGCACAUUUAUCAUCAGAUAUUUUGUACAUAGUGGCAAUAUUGUAGCUAAUGAGAAAAUGUUUGAUAUCUCAGCAUUUUUGCAUUUUUGUGUCUCAAAUAAAAAAAAAUUUUUGAUG